AGAGAGAGAGAGAGAGCCCCCUCCCCACCUAACAACAACCCCAACCCCGCAGGCUCCAGCACAUCGACCCCACCCCCCAACCCCCUCGGAGAGAGGGGACGGAGCGAGAGACGCGCAGUCACGGAGAAACGACCGUUUCGGGAUCCCGGCUCUUGUUUUGCCCUCAAUCCGGGCCUAAUGCUGUAGCGGACAGCGCAGGAGGAGAGCGCCAGUGAGAGACAACGCACUGACUGAGAGUCGGCGAGGGACAGGGCGGACCGGGGAGACGACGGGAUUGCUCAUUCGCCUGGAAACAUGGGAUGUACACUGAGCGCCGAGGAGCGCGCCGCUCUGGACCGGAGCAAGGCCAUCGAGAAAAACCUGAAGGAGGACGGGCUGGUGGCCGCCAAGGACGUCAAGCUGCUGCUGCUCGGCGGCGGAGAGUCCGGCAAAAGCACCAUCGUCAAACAGAUGAAGAUUAUCCACGAAGAUGGUUUUUCUGGGGAUGAUGUGAAGCAGUAUAAGCCUGUGGUCUACAGCAACACCAUCCAGAGCUUGGCGGCCAUUCUCCGAGCCAUGGACUCACUGGGCAUCGAGUUUGGAGACAAGGACCGAAAAGCUGAUGCUAAGCUGGUCUGUGACGUGGUCAGUCGUAUGGAGGACACAGAGCCGUACUCUGCGGAGCUGCUCACUGCGAUGAAGCGUGUAUGGGCUGACGCUGGCACUCAGGAGUGCUUCAACCGUGCACGGGAAUACCAGCUUAACGACUCUGCUAAAUACUACCUGGACAGUCUAGACCGGAUCGGGGCAGCGGACUACCAGCCCACAGAGCAGGACAUCCUGAGAACCCGAGUGAAGACCACCGGCAUCGUCGAAACCCACUUCACCUUCAAAAACCUCCAUUUCAGGCUGUUUGACGUGGGAGGUCAGAGGUCAGAGAGGAAGAAGUGGAUCCACUGCUUUGAAGAUGUGACAGCCAUAAUCUUCUGCGUUGCUCUGAGCGGAUACGACCAGGUGCUCCAUGAAGAUGAAACAACUAACCGCAUGCAUGAGUCGCUCAUGCUUUUCGACUCCAUCUGCAACAACAAAUUCUUCAUCGACACCUCCAUCAUCCUCUUCCUCAACAAGAAGGAUCUGUUCGCUGAAAAAAUCAAGAAGUCCCCACUGACGAUCUGCUUUCCAGAAUACACAGGUGCUAACACUUACGACGACGCUACAGCGUAUAUUCAGGUUCAGUUUGAGAGUAAGAACCGUUCUCCCAACAAGGAGAUCUACUGUCACCUGACCUGUGCCACAGACACAGGGAACAUCCAGGUAGUGUUUGAUGCCGUCACUGACAUCAUUAUCGCAAACAACCUUAGAGGGUGUGGCUUAUACUGAGGCCUGGCCAAGCACAGAGGUUGUCAUGGAGCGUAUGAGGUGUUAAUAAUGAUAAUUUUGAUGAUACUUAAACACAUAAAUAUGUAAUUCUACACGUCCAAAAUGGACCCAAAGAGCUGCCGUCAGACACCACACUGGAUUAUUGCCAUGAUUUGUUCCCUCCCUCUUCUCUUUUGAUUUCAGUAUACAACCCCAGUUUUGUCUUUUAAAGAAAAAAAAAAAAUGUGUUUUUUGAGCUGAAUGUUUCAUAUUUUGUUGAUGACUUUGUCAACAGCUUGGGGAGGUCAGGAAAGUGGCAGCACCAGGGGGGGGGGAUUUGAGUGGGCCUUGUUUAAAAAAAGAAAAGAAAGAAAG